AUGGCGCACGCGCUCGCGAGCGAGAUCGCGCUCGACGCGGACGAGGGACGACACGGGGAGUACGACCUCGCGGGAUUCGGGAAAGAUUGGGUCGACGCCGUGUGCGCCGCGACGUUCGCCGACGCGCUUCGAUCGAAGCGAGGAUUCUAUCCGUCGUGUAAAUUCGUGAUCGGGGGUGGGAAGAAGACGCGGGCGAAGUACGAUGAGGAGUUGUUGAAACACUUGACGUCGGCGCUGCGCGCGCUGGGGUUCGAGGACGACCGAGGCGCGAGCGCGUGCGCGGAGUGUCAAGGGACGUAUAAAUAUCAACACGAUACGGAUAAGGAUUUGAAAUAUUUACACGUGUUUCCUCGGGCGACGCACGAGGUGGAGGGUGGGGAGGGGGAAGAGGCGAACGCGACGAAGUCGCCCGAGUAUCGCGCGUGCACGUGCGACUUGGACGAGUUUGAGGGGUUGGUGAGCAUGUACACGCCGUCGUUUUCGCAACAGCGGGCGCUUUUGCGACGGAUGAAGGUGAUGGAACACGCUUUGAGCGCGUUGGAGCAGAAGGUCAUCGCGAUGGAGACGCUGAGCGAUCGAGAACAGACGAUGUACGAUUCGAUGAUCGACGUCGCGGCGAAAAUUGAACACCUCCAAAAGUCGCUCGACGACAUGAUCAAAAAGGGUCGAUUGACAAAAGGCGAGCAAGGUGAGAUCGUGGAAGAUCUACAGCUCAAGCUUGAGGACAUGGAUCUCAUGAUCAAGGAGGCGCGCGACGAAGGCAAGUCAAAGAAGGUGGAAAUGCUCGAACAGAAGAAGGAUUUGGCACAAAAGAAAAUCGACUCGGUUCUCGCCAAGCCGCCCAUCGUGUACACGGUUCCGCACGAACGCGAACUCGCCGACUUGAAGAAGGAGCUCAAUUCUCUGAAGAAAAUAGUCUCCGAGUCCAAGGGUAAGCUCAUGAGCGGCUCAGACGCCGCAAAGUGCGCAAAAAUCCCGGCGCUCGAGGAGAGAAUCCACAAUAUUGAAAACUCGGAAGAAAAGGGUUGGUUCGAGGACGAGUGCAGAGCGCUGCUGUUCCCCGUCGUGGAGAAGAAGCCUGCAAAGUCCGCAUCGAAGGGCACCGGCGCGGGCGCGAAGUCAAACUCGGGAUGGCUAACCAAGGCGUCGACUGGCGGCUCGCGACCGAAGGCGAAAGCAGCCGCGCCGAAAGCCUCCAACCCGUUCGCCAUGCUCGGCGACGAUUAA